AUGGCGCGAAAGCCCAGGAAAAAGACCAUGAGAGUGGCAACAGCGCUGCUUUUGGCGGGUGCGACGUCCACACGGCGGGCCGCCGCGGAGGAGAAAGCGGGCUUCACCUGCGAGGGGACACAGAAGGAAACAAAAGUCUGCAAGCAGCCCGACUGCAUGGGCUCGCCAUGUAUCUAUCUUUUUCCCGAUGUUGUAGACUGAUGACAGCAGAAGUUCCGGUGUAUUUGUUCGGCGUGCUUUCAUAAUGCAUAAGCAUAUGUGCUUGUUAAAGUUAAUAUCUUCAUGUGUCACUCAAUCUAUCAUAUCUUGACAAAACCAACGCGCAAAGAUCGUGAAUGAAAUUCCGAAUCGAAGAAACUCGUAAAAACCCCACGACAUCAGGCAAGGACUGCGUCUGGAGUGACUGGAGCCAGUGGGCGCCACCGACGUGUCUCGGGCUCUGUGAGCGGCACCGGGAAAUAGUAUGCAUCGCAAAUAUGUCUGGGUCUGGAAACUUGUUAUGCAAGUCUGUGAACAAUAAUUGCUCUGUCUCUGUAAUGCGCCGCCAAGCAUGACAAGUUUUUUCGUGCUUCUGUGCUGCGUAUUCCGCAUGAGAAACUACGCUUUUGCAUGACAGGCAAGAGGACCUCUUGGUGGCCACGCAAUACAGAGUGCAGAGUCAUGCCGGACUAGCAUGACAAAUAUCGCAGUCUUCCAGACCCAGGCAUAUUUGCAUUUGAUAAAUAGCGGAGCACAACAAUUUUUGCGGCGACCCCUGCCACGGCCCCAUGACAGAAACAAAAUUUUGCCAGCCGGACUGCGAUCCCCCGCCCGUGGACUGCGAGGUAUCGGAGUGGUCGGAUUGGUCUCUCUGCACGGAGCUCUGCGGCGGGGGGCAAACCUACCGGGAGCGGAAAGUGAAACAGUUCCCCAAGCACGGCGGCAAAAUUUGCAGCACGGACCUGACGCAGACCAAGCCCUGCAACCAGAAGAGCUGCAACACCCCGCAGGACUGCGUGCUAGGCGACUGGGGCGCGUGGGACACCUGCAGCGCGAGUUGCGAGGGGGGCGUGCGGAAGAGGAAACGACACAUCGUAUUGUAAGGAAAAAUCCCCCCUCCCCAUAUCGAAAAAGUAUGAUUCCGAAAAUUUGUGUUGCUGAUUUGAGACCACAAAUCACGUCUGUCUUGCAAGAAGACAAGUGCAGAAGCUUCCGCUCCAUUAUGGAAGCGAUUUGGCAUGCUGUUGCGCCUAGGGGGCAGCCGUUUGUAAUGCUAAGCAACUAGACCCAAACACCCCUACCUAGGCCGAGGAUCUGGCUGCGCUGCCUCACUGCAAGACAAAUCAGAUUUGUGUACGCAGAUCCGGCAUCAGAAACUUCGUUUUGAUAUGGGGAGGGGGGAUUUUUCCUUUUGAUACAUCGAGGCCGUGGCGAUGUUCGGCGGGGUGCCGUGCCAGGGCGAGCUCGAACAGGUGGAGGAGUGCAUAUGGGGCUCUCAAACGUUACAUUCUCAACUGUUACAUGAUUUGUCAUGCAAAAACGCUAUCACUUUUCACAAUUUCAAACCUUCUCCGCAUGACAAGUUCUCGACACGCUAGAUAGCAUUGUAAUCUGCUCCAAACCUGUAAUGCAAAAGGAGCAAGCUUUUCCCUUUCACUUUUGCCAUUCUUGCAUUACAAAUUUCAUGUAACAGUUGAGAAUGUAACAGUUGAGAGCUCCAUAGUGCAACGAGCAAGCGUGCAUCUCAGCAGUAGACUGCUCGUGGGGCGAGUGGGGCUACUGGAGCGACUGCUCAGCAUGUAAGUAGUAUUCAUGUGUUUCUUUUCCGGUUUUUCGGCUCAAGUACACAGUUUGAAGAUCAUUCUGUCAUACUUGGGACUGUGUCGUGCUGCAUGAUCAUACUAGCUUACAACUACACCUCCUCGUUUUCUACUCUACAGCGUGUGACGGUGGCGAGCAGACCCGCAUGCGAUUGAUAGACAUCGCGCCCAAGAACGGCGGGAAGCUUUGCUCCGUCGAUAUCGUAAGGAAAAAUCCCCCCUCCCCAUAUCGAAAACGUACCCGUCUGAAAAUUUGCGAUGCGCAUUUGCGACCUCAAAUCCUGUCUGUCUUGCAAGAAGGCAAGUCCAGAAAGCGUUCCGCAUUUUGCAGGCAGUUUGUGAUGCUGUUUGGCUUAGAGCAUACACGUUUGCAAUGCUAGGCGCCUACGUCAAAACCUCUCGACUGAGGCUUGGCAUAUGCCUGCACUCCUCUACUGCAAGACAAAUCUGAGUUGUGUAUGGAAAUCCAGCAUCAGAAACUUCGUUUCGAUAGGGGGAGGGGGGAUUUUUCCUCACAAUAGUCGAGGAUAUGGUGGAGGUGCAACCCUGCAACCGACUCCCUUGCAAGGGACCCUUAGGGACUUAGGGACCUGAGGUCCAGAAAGCAGCCUAAAACGAACUCUAAAACGCAUGGUAUGCUCGCAAAAUGGCCGACCAUUUUACCCCCCCCCCCAUUUGGGCCCCCCCAGAGUGCUUCGGCGGCUUCGGGGCUUCGGGGUCCCUUGCCGUCACUUGCCAACAAGUGUGGGCUCUUGAUGGUCGAAUAUAGUUCGUUAGCCGAUAGCGGAUGCCACGGACAAGUGGCAUCUAGGGGGCCAAAAAUUUCCGCAUGCGUGUCCUCCACGCGGGCGGCCCCUGGGGCGCUGCUGUCGUUAUCCAUCAGGGAAAGUUGAAGCGGGCACUUCGAUUUUCCUUCGAUGAGGUAAAGUUGAAAUGGCCAACUCAAAUUUCCUUCGAUGAGGGAAAGUUGAACUUCAAUUUUCCUUCGAUGAUGGAAAGUUGAAGUGCCCAUUUCAAAUUUCCUUCGAUCAUGGAAAGUUGAAGCGGCCACUUCGAAUUUCCUUCGAUGAGGGAAAGUUGCAGCGGCCAUUUCAAAUUUCCUUCGAUGGGGGAAGGUUGAAGCGGUCGCGUCGAUUUUCCUUCGAUGAGGGAAAUGCGAAGUGGCCACUUCAAAUUUCCUUCGAAGAGGGACAUUUGAAGUGGCCAUCUUAAAUUUCCUUGCUUCGAUGAGGGAAAGUUGAAAUGGCAAUUGCGAACUUCCUUUGAUGAGGGAGCGUUGAAGUUAGUGGGCACUUCGAUUUUCCUUCGAUGGGGGAAAGUUGAAGGGCCCAUUUCAAAUUUCCUUCGAUCAUGGAAAGUUGAAGCGGCCACUUCGAAUUUCCUUCGAUGUGCGGGCGCGCGGUGCUCGUUUGCCUUCGAAUCGAUGCAACGCCAUUGGCUGCGUAUGGAGUGAGUGCGCGCGCGAAUUUUUUUUUGGUUCUAUGGCUCUCAUUCACUACAAUCAUAUAUAGUAAGUGUAUAAAAGUAGAGAACAGUGCGCAGAAAUCGAGCAUACCAUGUGGAUUGGAUAGCAUUAGCAGCUACGAGAAUAGGGCAAGGUCCGUAAGUCCCUGAAGUCCCUAACGCUAGGUCCCUAAGCUCCCAAAUUUUUAGCCUUCUAUAUAGGAUAUGGUGGAGGUGCAACCCUGCAACCGACUCCCUUGCGGGACCGUAGUGGACUUAUUGUGAGGAAAAAUCCCCCCUCCCCAUAUUGAAAAGGUAUGUUUCCAAAAAUUUGUGUUGCGGAUUUGAGGUCACAAAUCACAUCUGUCUUGCAAGAAGACAAGGGCAGAAGCUUCGCCCCAUUAUGGAAGCGAUUUGUCAUGCUGUUGGGCCUAAAGGGGAGCCGUUUGCCAUGCUGAACAACUAGACCCAUACGCCCCUACCUAGCCUGGGGAUCUGGCCGCCAUGCCUCCCUGCAAUACAGAGCUGAUUUGUGGCCACAAAUCAGCAUCACAAAUUUCCGUUUUGGUAUGGGGAGGGGGGAUUUUUCAUUUUGAUAGGACUGCGCCUUCAGUUCCUGGACUUAUUGGUCCGAUUGCAACGCACCCUGCAACGGGCUGCGAAAUCGAACCAGGGAGGUCACCGCGUACCCGGAGUUCGGCGGCAAUGCCUGCGACGGACCGCUCAAGGAAGUCGAAUCGUAUAGUACUUUUGAUUGUCUCAACAUACUCGUCCUAUGCCACUGAAAAAAGGAGCAAUCGUGAUUUAUCGAUGUAGCAGAAGAAGUGGGCGCAUGUUAGCUUUGCUAAUGCGUAGAGCAGAAUUUGACUCUGCGCCAGAACUACAUACACCCAGGUGCAACACCGAGAAAUCGCUUUGUAUCGAUGAACCGCCGGAGCCGGUGGACUGUGUGUUCGACUCCUGGAGCUAUUGGAGCAAGUGCAGCAAAACCUGCGGCACCGGCGUGCAGCACCAAACACGGGACAUCAGCACGCCCGCGAAACACCUUGGCAAGCCCUGCCAGGGCGAAACCCUGCGCGUGCUAUCAAAUGUAAACAUGUCUGGGUCUGGAAGGAUGUAACCUGUGAUGCGCAUUUCAGAACACACAAAAAUCUUUCAUGCAUAGGUAGCAAAAGCUGCUCACUUUCUGUCACCAAAAUGGGGGAUUUGUCAUGCGGGUUCGGCAUUGCGUAAGCUUCUCGAAACCUGUGAUGCUAGCGCUUCCAUGCCAGACCUUCUGUGUCAUGCCGAAACAGCAUGACUCUUCCAGACCCAGACAUUUUUGCAUUUGAUACGUGCGCCCCUGCAACGAAGACCCCUGCAUCGAGCCGCCGCACGAGAGGCAAAACUGUGCCUACGAAGAGUGGGGCUACUGUAUGACAAUGAAAAACGCCUCCACCCCCGAACUUGGGAGCAUUUGUAUUGCAAACUUUUCCAAAUGAAACAUUCGCCCUCUUGCAUCUAUCAGCAUCACAGAUUUCCGAUCGUAAAUAGCAAAAAUUUGUAUUGCAAAAGACCCCAGCAAAAGCGGCGCUUGUCAUGCAAGCGAUGCGACACACGCCUUGACUCUGCAUCAGAAACGUGGCUCAUACUCCUUUCAUGCAUGACAAAAAGUUUUCGUUUGGAAACUUUGCAUCACAAAUUUUUCCAACUUUGGGGGUGGGGGCAUUUUUCCUCGCGAUAUACUGGUCGGAGUGCACCGUCAGUUGCGGCGGGGGACAGAAGCAGAGAAAACGAGGCAUUUCCCAGUACCCGAACAAAUACGGGACGCCCUGCGCGCGCGAGUCUACGCUCGAGAUCGCGGAGUGCAACACCAAGGAGUGCUACUGCCAAAAUUGCGUCUGGGGUACUACAGUUAGACAAGCUGGUUGAGAAUGUUGAUAAACCACUUCUUUUCUAGAACAAAAAAUUUUUGGGUACGUCAACGAAUUCUGAUGCGGAGCCAGAAAGGUCGUGGAACCACCAAGGAACCACAACCUCCAGAGGUAAGUACUAACUUGCUUUUGGUUCGGCAUGCAAAGUAGUAGACUACACUUCUGAACAACAAAGCACAUGAAUUACAUCCUCUAUCGCAUUAUAUCUCGCAGGCGACUGGUCGGAGUUCGGGGCCUGCACGUGCGAGGGUCUGCAGGAGCGCCACCGCAAGGUCGCGAUUCAACGAGACCCCUGUGGCGAUCCCUGUGUGGGCGCCAAGGUGGAGACGCAAACUUGCAAACCCGACUGCAUAAAAGAGCCGGUCGACUGCAAAAUCGGAGAAUGGGGCUAUUGGAGCUUCUGCUCCAAAGACUGCGGCGGGGGGCAGAAGGUGCGGACCCGGGAAAUAGAAGUGCCGGAGAAAAACGAAGGAAAGCCAUGCGGUAGAGAAGAUGUGGUUUCGUUUGUUUGGCUCUAGUAUCGUUCCAACUGUUUGAUGGUAUCUGAUGUCUCUCGAAUGACAACCGUGUGAUGCAUUUAGAUUUAGAUCGAAAAUCUUAAUAACCAAACGCGCAUCUUCACCCCCAUAAUAGGCGAGCAAGACGUGAAGCAAAUCGCGCCUUGCAACGAGGCACCGUGCAAGGAGAAACAGGAUUGCGUUCUGAGCUACUGGACGGACUGGACUUCGUGUUCGCAGACGUGUGGUGGCGGCCAACAGUACCGAACACGAGAGGUGGAAACCCCGGCGAGCGCGGGCGGCACGCCCUGCGAGGGUAAUUUGAAGGAAGUGGUCGCUUGCAACACCGACCCCUGCGUAGAACCGGUUGACUGCAAAUGGGGCGAAUGGACAGAGUACUACGUUCGUCUUGUUGAUAAAAAAGACGAAGGCCUGAUAGUUGUAUAGUAUCUACUUGCUUACUGCAAUAUUUUUGCACGACUUGCCGCGCAACAGAAAGCACAGUCAGAUUAUACAAGCAUUGCAAGGUAGUUCUAGUUAACAAAGACCGAGCAACCCCUCUACAACUUCCAGGUAUGGUGCCUGCUCCGCGUCCUGCGGUGGCGGGGAAAAGGUCCGGGAUCGCGAAAUCGUUGUGGCCCCGCGGUUCGGCGGGAAGCUCUGCGAGCCGCACGUCAAAGAGGAGGUGGCGCCCUGCAACCAGCAGAGUUGCGACACGCACUGCAUUGACGGGGCCUGGGAUGAGUGGGCGGCCUGGUCUGCCUGCACGGCCACCUGCGGCACCGGAUUUCAGUGGCGCCACCGCGAGAUCCUGCAGCGGCCCAACGGCUGCGGCAAGCCGCUCGAGGGGCUAAGGGAGGAGGUCCGAAAGUGCGACGACCUAUACCCCUGCGAGGUCGAGGUGGAGGACUGUGUAUUUGACGAGUGGGGCAGCUGGGGCGACUGCAGCUGCACCUGCAACGGGAUCCGGGAUAGAAGCAGAAGAAUAUACCAAGUCUCCAAGAACGGAGGUACUAAAUAAAUAUGUAAGUAAGUGAUUGUUAAUAUCGUAGUUGUGGAUGAAGUUGAAGAUAAUCAUCACGGCAGUAGAAGACCGGCAGCAGCUCUCAUUGCGUCAUGUUUUUUUCGCACGAAACGCCGUGAGACGCAAGAGCAAUUUAUAGAACACCAACAAAACGCCAGGUAAGCCCUGCAAGGGAUCACUGAAGGAGAUCGAGCCCUGCAACGUAAAGUCCUGCACGGUUUUAUCCUGAGGAAAAACGUCCCCACCCCAUAGUCACGAUGGGAAAUCUGCUAGAGAAAUCAACGAGCUUUGGCUGUUGCGCAUGACAAGUUUGGCCUCUUAGUGUGGUCCUGUUUGGCUAGUGCAGCAGCCUCACAGAUUUAGCACACGGCGCGGAUUUGAGCGCCACAAAUGGCAAAGCGCCAAGAGUACUAGAAACUGCAUCGCAUGGGUCUACUCCGCAUGAGAAACAUUCUCAGCAUGCAGAUUUGCAUUGAUAAGUAUACAGCUCUGGGGUGGGGACGUUUUUACAAAUGAUUGGUUUUCGACCCGGUCGACUGCGUGCUUUCCGAAUGGUCCUACUGGAGUAGCUGCUCGGCCACCUGCGCCGGCGGCGCCCGGGAGCGCACCCGGAAGAUUGAGGUGGCCCCGAAAAACAACGGGAAGCCUUGUGAGCGCUCAUUGCACGAGGUAGAGGCUUGCAACUCGCAGCGGUGCGACACUGCGGUAGACUGCAAGUGGAGCGAUUGGUCUGCGUGGUCCGAGUGCACAGCAGGUAUGAUUUGUUGAUUGUGAUAAAGCCACCUGAAGUUCAUGAAGUUCACAGAAGGUUAAAGAUGAAUUUUUCGAACGUAAGUACUUUUUUAUCGAGAAGAAACAGAAGAAAAUAUACGACUCAAACGCAGAAUGCGGCGGCGGGCAGAAGACGCGAUUUCGACGGGUAAAAAAUCUGCCAAAAGACGGCGGUACCGAGUGCCGCAUGAUGGAUGCCCAAGAGGAGGCCCCGUGUAACACGCACGUGUGUGGCGAGGUGAACUACUGCACCUGGUCGGACUGGACGGAGUUUAGCGAGUGCAGUGUCACCUGCGGCCUCGGGUCCAUGGAGAGGUCACGAACCUUGUCGCACAGUACAGAAAAACCCUCGGUGGUAACCAACGUGAUAGCAACAGGUAUUAGAUUACUUAUACUUUCAUUUUACACUGGCGGGUGGCAAAGGAAGAAACCGAGGAGGUCUCUACGGAGGUUCGGUUGCGCAGGGUUACUUUUGUACGCAUGAUUGAAGAACUAGAACUAAAGUCGGAGCUCUUGCUGUGUGAUGGGUGCUGGGAAAUAAACAUGCUCACUGUUAUGAAACCAAUUUGUAAGGUAUUCUCGAUGCCGUCUUCCGACACAACGCCGGCUUAGCCCGGUUCAACGCGGAGCACAUAGCACUUACCUUCAUAGGGGGCUUUGUCAGCGCUCUAGUGGCACUGUUUUUGCUGACACGAAGGUCAUGGAGCAGGGGAACAAAUACUGGACAAGAGGGCCGCGGCUUCAGUUCCAUUGUCGAGGGCGAUAUCGAGCUGCAAGACCAUGAGCUGGUUGAGUAGCGGACUGCAUGCUUUUCCAAAAAAGUUCCAUAAGUAGAUUAUGCUUUAAUAAAGUUUUUAAGAAGCACAAGGACCACCACAUCUACAUAGCUCUGUUCCUCUACAGAAAUCCAACUGUUACGUAGAUAGAUUCACGAUGUCAGAAGUCCAUUUUGUGGACCCAUUUUCCUUCUGGACGCACGGAACAGCGGCCUUGAGACGUGGAAAGAUGGUCGUCAACAUGGAACGCGGAAUACUAAAAACCAGUGUGAUUUACCACGACGAGUAAAAAUUCAGUAAAUUCGAGAACACAGCUAGUAUUCUGAAUCCGCCAAGAGCGUUCCGCCCGCGGUUGCGAAGACGGGCAAAAUGUAAAAACCGCCCCCCGCAGUGCAUACAAGGGGAAUUCUUGCAGGCCAAGAAUGCUCGAGAAACUAACUCUCAUGUCGGUCGUGCUCGUGUACAGAAUAACAUUAAAGAUCCUACCAGGGAAGUAAAACGGAGAUCACACCAGCCGUGAAGAGGUACCAGGACCGGAUCCGACUCCUUGAGAAGGUGCAGCACUGGUAGCGCGAGACGAUGUUGAAGAAUCAAUUGGGUCACAAGAUGAAGUAGUAAUUAAAAUGAAUCGAGUUCAU